AAGAACAAGGCCAAGGUUAUUCAAGAUAUUUCUCGGUUGAUUGUCUCUUUGGUAGAAAUACUUACCCUCCGGACCGAGAGCCUCGAGUGCCUCGUUGAGAGCGUUAACGAGGGCUGGAAUAACUCGAUCCCUCUAACCGGGACUUGCCUAUAACCCGACUACUCUGUGGGAUUCAGACGGGAAGCUUUUAUAUAGGACCAGCUGUAUAAGAUCUCCCCGAUACUUGGCGAUUGAUUUCUGGCAACUAGUCCUUCUUUAUAGCCACCUAUUAUAUGCUCUUUCUAUUCUUAUUAAAUGAGGUCAAGUGCGGCGUUCAGGCGCUUGAUAUCGCAGGCCGCCAGAACGCCCACAGCAUGACGCUCGCGGCGCGGGCUAUCGUUGAGCUCUUCCGCCCUGUGAAGCGCGAGAAGGAACUUCACCGCGAGCUCCUCACCUUCUCUAUCUCGUACGAUUACUAGUCAGUUCGCAUCUACGGCGAGUAUCUACCGCCAUCCAAUCCGUAAUUUCUCCCAAAUGUAGACGAUGUACUGCAAUUUUAGCCCCUCCCAAAGGGCGGGAGGUCCAUAUCCGCCAUUGCACAUGCACUGCAAUUUUGUACACAGUUGC